UUGAUCCUUUGUUCUAGAACAAUCAGUACCAUAUUCACGUGACUAGACUGAUAAAAAUGCUAAAACCCUAACCACAAGACCACCUUGCCACCAUGUAAGGACACAUACAGCCCUGAUUUGUGAAAACCUCUCCACAUGUAAGUGAAGUGACUGUGUGCUAACAUCUUAGAGAGAACAACAGAAGACAACCAUGGAGAGGAAGAACGUUCGCAAGGUCAGCGUGAACAACAUGAAGGAGAGACUUCACUUCAAGACGAUCCAGGCAAACCUGGACCAACGAAGAGACAGUCAGCUCCACGAACACGAAAAGGAAGAAAGGGAGAUGUUGAGACAACUGGAAAAACUACAACAGGACAAAAUAAAAUAUGGUCUGGUAGAGGCUUCGGCUUCUUCCCCCUCGGCCAGGGCGUCUUCAGUGAGAGUCGCGGCGUCCACCAGACGAGGGUCGUUACCGGGGUACCUCUUACCGGGCCACACGGGCCCCUCCAGCGGGCCAAUACCGCACUCCCCCUCCGCGAACUUUCGGGACCCGAGCGGAGCGUCCAGGUCUUCCCUAGCUAACUAUAAAUCCGUCGCAUCCGGCAUAGAUCUAGAGGAGAGUCAGCAGUCCCUGUCCGGUAGAUCUGAGGCCAGACUGGCGGGAUCUGGGAUGCUCAUGGACCCGAGGGCGUCCUUCCCGGGCCCGCAGACUCCCGAGGCCUCCAUGGCGUCUCUACACGGCACGGACAGCAUGUCUCGCCGACGCCGGGCCAUGUCCUCCACGGCGGGCUCCUCUGCAAGCACCGCCACUGCGGAGCGGUUUCGUAGACUCUCUGUCAGCGGCGCUUCUGGACUGUAUUCGUCGUCCAGCGCGGAACUCCGUGAUGGCGAGUCUUUCAGCACAGACAGCAGGUCCACUAUGUCUAAUCUGGUGGGUAAAAGGGCGCCUGGACUGACGUCAAGCCGGCACAGUGUCUGUCUCAUCGGCUCCGGGACCAGCGCCUCUUCAGACACAAGGCGGGCGAAAGCGUCUCCAGUGCCGGGGGAGGCCCAGCGGUACCACCACAUGUUGUCCUCAGAAGCGCUGGAAACUCUCCACAAGCUCAUCAAGGAGUCCAGCCCGCCCACCAGGCCGGCCCCGGGGCUCGCCGUGCGCCUGCCGCCCAUCUUCGGGCCCGUCUGCUCCGUCAACAAGAGGAACCGGAACAAGCUGAUGGCCCUGCAGCUGCUGCUGAACCAGCUCCCGUCCAUCAUGACGCAGCCGCCGGCUCCGGAGUUCAACCCGCUGGAGGUGCUCAGCUGUAGGUAUCUGCGUCUGUCCGCCGCUAACGUGGAGACGCUGACAGACAUGUGCCGACAGGCCGGCAUCGACCCCGGAAUCCAUCCUCACAUGACUCCGGAGCAGCUGGAGGACGAAAUCCGGAAUCUCAUGGCUCCUCAGGGACAGGGACCCCCCGCGAAGACACUCGUUCCCAGCGCAGCCCACAAGCCGUAAAGACGCCCUCCUACAAAGACACUCGUUCCCAGUGCAGUCCACAAACCGUAACCCCCCUCCCCACUACAAAUGCUAUCUUUCCAAGGACUAAAUAGAACUACCAAGGACUAAAUAGAAUUUCGCCUCAGAAGUGUGCCCAACUUUGAUGGCAUGUUUUGUGCGUACUCCGAUAUAUAAUAAACAGUCAUCAGAUAAAGGACAAACACAAACGUAUGCGGAACCGUGUCUGAGCAUGUUUAUGGAUAAAGCACGGUUCCGGACACAACAGGCCCCUCGGGGUAUUUAUAACGCAGAAAAACAGCACCAGACACUCACGCAGGACGCCCCCUAAUCCCAGGCCACAGUCGUAAUAACGAACCCUGUGCACGGGUGGCCUAAUUAGGCAUCUAGUGUGUACACACAAACGACCUUUGCCAACCUUUCCGACCUCAGAACUGUCCUCACCAAUUUUUAAUGAACCUAAU